AUGCAAUUUCAACUGACCUGUUUUUUGCACCUUGGGUUGCUCAGUUACAUGGAAGCUCAAGAUGAAUGCAACAGGGGUGCCUGUCGUCCCCCCACCAGCAAUCUCCUGGUGGGUCACAGCACGCAGCUCUCCGCUUCUACCUGUGGGCUGGGCGGGGCCCAGAAAUACUGCAUCCUCAGCUACCUUAAGGGCGAACAAAAAUGCUUCAUCUGUGACGCCAGAUUUCCAUAUGAUCCGCACGCCCAACCCAACAGCCACACCACUGAGAAUGUAAUCCCAAGUUUUGAACCAGAUAGAGAAAAGAAAUGGUGGCAAUCAGAAAAUGGUCUUGGUCAUGUCAGCAUCAGACUGGAUCUAGAGGCAUUAUUUCAGUUCAGUCACCUUAUUCUGACCUUUAAGUUUAACUCAUUUUUCUCCUUGACUUUUCAGCCUGCUGCAAUGUAAGUUGAACGCUCCACAGACUAUGGCCACACCUGGAGAGUGUUCAGAUAUUUUGCCAAAGACUGUGCUACUUCCUUCCCCAACAUCACAUCUGGCCAGGCCCACGGAGUGGGAGACCUUGUUUGUGACUCCAAAUAUUCGGAUAUUGAACCCUCCACUGGUGGUGAGGUUGUUUUCAAAGUUUUGGAUCCCAGCUAUGAAAUAGAAAACCCUUACAGCCCCUACAUCCAGGACCUUGUGACAUUAACAAACCUGAGGAUGAACCUUACCAAACUCCAUACCCUUGGGGAUACUUUGCUUGGAAGGAGGCAAAAUGAUUCCCUUGAUAAAUACUACUAUGCUCUGUAUGAGAUGGUGGCUCGGGGAAGCUGUUUUCGCAAUGGCCACGCUAGCUAAUGUGGCCCAACACAGAAGGUGCGCGGAGACGUUUUCAGCCCUCCCAGAAUGGUUCAUGGUCGGUGCAUCUGUCAGCACAAUACAGAUAGCCCGAACUGUGAGAGGUGCAAGGAUUUCUUCCAGGACGUUCCUUGGUGGCUAGCUGUGGGCCCCCUGGACAGCACUUGCCGAGCUUGUCGCUGUAACGGACACUCUGACUGCUGUCACUUCGACAAGACCGUGUGCCUGGCGAGCGGGAGCCGCAGGGGGGGCGUGUGUGACGGCUGCCUGCACAACAGAGGGCAGCACUGCGAUCGCUGCAGACCCCUUUUCCACAGGGACCCCCUCCAGGCCAUCUCGGAUUCUUACGCGUGCAUUCCUUGUGAAUGUGACACUGAUGGGACCAUUUCGGGUGGCCUUUGUGUGAGCCACUCUGAUCCUGACUUGGGGUCUGUAGCCGGCCAGUGCCUGUGUAAGGAGAACGUGGAAGGAGCCAAGUGCGACCGAUGCAAGACCAACCACUACGGACUGAGCGUCACCGACCCCCUGGGCUGUCAGCCCUGUGACUGUAACCCCCUGAGGAGUCUGCCACUCUUGACCUGCAUUGCCACUCAAGGCCAAUGCUUGUGUCAGUCUCUUGCUACUGGACCACACUGUGAAGAAUGCACGGUUGGAUACUGGGGACUGGAAAAUCACCUCCAUGGAUGUUCUCCCUGUGACUGUGAUAUUGGAGAUGCUUAUUCCAAUGUGUGCUCACCCGAGGAUGGGCAGUGUGAUUGUCGUCCGCAUGUCACAGGUCGCAGCUGCACUGAGCCAGCGCCCAGCUAUUUCUUCGCUCCUUUGAAUUUCUACGUCUACGAGGCAGAGGAAGCCACGCCACUCCAGCGACUGGCUCCUUUGGCAAAGUUGUGUUUAUUCCUCUCUGGCCAGCUGCCUGCUGUUUCUGUCGUUCUCCGAGGGCCAGCUCCUGGGGUGCCUGUUACGUGGACGGGACCUGGAUUUGCCAGGGUUCUCCCUGGGGCCGGCUUGAGACUUGCUGUGGGGAACAUCCCCAUUCCCGUGGAUUUUGCUGUUGCCAUUCACUAUGAAACUCAGUCUGCAGAUGACUGGACUGUCCAGAUGGUGGUUAACCUGGCCGGAGGGAGCAAGCACUGUGCAUGCGAGACCCCACAGCCAAAGCCUCAGCCUUUACCAGCAGCUUCCAGAAUCGUGCUACUUCCCACACCCAUCUGUUUAGAACCAGAUGUACAAUAUUCCAUAGAUGUCUACUUUUCCCAACCUUUGGAAGGAGGAUUCCAGGCUCAUUCACACAUUGAAUUGAUUCUGUAAGUUGGUCUUAUUCCCCAAAUCAACUCAUUGGAGAAUUUCUGCAGCAAGCAGGAUUUAGAUGAAUAUCAGCUGCACAACUGUGUUGAUAUUGCCUCGGCAGUGGGACCUGAGGUGCUCCCUGGAGCACGUGAAAGGCUUAUAGCCAGUUUGUCUGCCAGGCUGCACAAUGGGGCCGUGGCCUGCAACUGUCACCCACAGGGCUCAGUGGGACCCAACUGCAGCUGACUGGAAGGCCAGGGCCAGCGUAAGCCUCGUGUGACCGGCCGCUGCUGUGACACGUGCUCAACAGGAAGCUACAGUCUGGGGCCUCACGGCUGUCACCCAUGUCACUGCCACCCUCAAGGCUCAGAGAACACUGUAUGUGACCAAGUAACAGGACGGUGCCCCUGCCAUGGAGAGGUAGCUGGCUGCUAUUGUGAUCGGUGCCUGGAGGGCUAUUUUGGAUUUCCUAACUGCCGCCCCUGCCUUUGUAAUGGGUUCACGUCAUGCUUCAGUUGUGGAGGUUUUACAACUGGGAGAAACUGUGAAAGAUGCAUCGAUGGUUACCAUGGAAAUCCUUCUUCAGGACAGUCCUGCCGUCCUUGCCCGUGUCCAGAUGUUCCCUCAAGCAAUCAGUAUUUUGCCCAUUCCUGUUAUCAGAAUCCUUGGAGCUCAGAUGUCAUCUACAAUUGUCUUCAAGGUUAUGCAGGUGUGCAGUGUGGAGAAUGCUCUGCUGGUUUCUAUGGAAAUGCAAGAAUUUCGGGAGCACCCUGCCGACCUUGUGCCUGCAAGCACAUUGAUGUAACUGACCCAGAGUCCUGCAGCCCAGUCACGGGCGAGGGCCUUAAACGUCUGCACAACACUCAAGGCCCCAGCUGCCAGCUCUGCAGGCCAGGUUACUUUGGCCUCAAUCAGACCUGUAGGAGGUGUUCCUGUCAUCCUUCCGGCGUGAGUCCCUCUGAGUGUCCCCCUGGCGGGGGAGCUUGCCUCUGUGACCCUGACACUGGCACAUGCCCUUGUAUGCCCAACGUCACAGGCCGGGCAUGUGACCAUUGUGCUGAUGGAUGCUGGAAUGUCAUCGCCGGCAGAGGAUGUCAGCCAUGUGAUUGUGACCCCUGGACCUCACUCAGUAGACACUGUGACCAGCUUACAGGCCAGUGUCCGUGUAGAUUAGGCUAUGGUGGGAAACGCUGCAGUGAGUGUGAGGAAAAUUAUUAUGGGGAUCCCCUGGGGCGACGCGUUCCAUGUGACUGCAACAGGAAAGAUUCCCAGAAGCACAUCUGUGGCCAGGACACGGGCAUGUGUCACUGCCGAGAGGGUGUUAGCGGCCCAUGAUGUGAUCGCUGUGCCCAGGGUCACGGCCAGGAAUUCCCUGCUUGUCUUCGGUGUCACUUGUGCUUUGAUCAAUGGGACCACACCAUUUCUUCCCUCUCCAAAGCAGUGCAAGGGUUAAUUAGGCUGGCUGGUAACAUGGAAGAUAAAAGAGAGACCCUGCCUGUCUGUGAGGCCGACUUCAAAGGCCUCUGAAAGAACAUGUCUGAAAUAGAAAGGAUUUGGAGACAUCCUGUUUUCUCAUCUGGGGAAUUCUUAAAAGUCAAGGAUUAUCAUGACUCUGUUCGGAAAGAAAUCAUGCAACUAAGUGAGCAGAGGAAACUGUAUGAAUUUCAAGAUCUGAAAGAAACAAGAGGAAGAACGAGGAAUAAAGUGAACCUCUUACUUGAAGAUCUUCAAGAAGAAAUUAAUUCGCACUCCCGUGCCCGUAAUGCAAGCAUCAUGGAUUCCUCAAAGAACAUCAAGAAGUAUUAUCAGAGCUCAUCUGCUGAAAAGAAAACUAAUGAAACUACUUCCUUCAUAGAUAACUCUGAAAAAAACAGGAAUGACUUAUUUACCAUCUUAGAUACACUAACCUCAAAAGAAAACUUGUCAUUGGAGAAAUUAAAGCAGAUCAAGAUACCAGAUAUUCAAAUAUUGCAUGAAAAGCUGUCUCGUAACCUGAUCCUCUCGAGGAACACCCUCCAGAAAACUCAGGAAGCAGAGUUCGUGAUUCGCAAUUUGAACAACCAAGUUCAAGGGCUGAAAAAUCAGAUCAAAAAUAUAAGUAAACUGGCAGAAGUCUCCAGAAACAAUGCCUUACAGCUAAGUGAGAAACUGAGGAAUAUGAAAAACCAAAGUGAAUCUGAAGAAGAAAAAAUGAAUCUUUUAAUCAAGAAACUGAAAAUGUUCUUGUUAGAGGAUAACGUGCCUCCAGAGGACAUAGAGAGGGUUGCAAAUCAUGUACCUGACAUCCACCUACCAGUAACAUCGCAAAAUCUGACCCAUGAAUUUGACAAAAUACGGAAACUUUUGCAACUCUGUGAGGACUACAGGACAGAGGAGAACAGGCUAAAUAAAGCAGCAGAUGGAGCCCGAAAGGUUUUGGUGAAGGCAAAAGCAGCUGAAAAAGCAGCAAAUGUUCUAUUAAAUCUCGACAAAAUGUUGAAUAAGUUGCAACAAGUUCACAUCACUCAAGUACGGGCAAAUUCUACCAUCACACAGCUGACUGCCCAGAUAACAAAAAUAAAAAAGAACUCCCUGCAGGCUGAAAAUCAGGCCCGGGAGACUGAGAAUGAGCUGGACUUAGUAAAGCAACAGUCAGCACUGGAGGGUGGACUUGCCCGGCUGCAGACCAACUUGCAAAGGAAUCGAGACGAGGCCGUCCGUGUGGGAGCUCAGGCUGAAUCGGCCCGGCGCCAGGCUGGGGACCUUGAGGAGGAGCUUGCUGAGCUACAAUGUCAAUAUGCUAUUCUUCAGCAUAAGACAAGCGCGCCAGGACUGGCAAAGGAAACCUUAGGGAAAGUGAAACAGCCAAGAGAUACAGCAGUCAAACUGGCUGCAGAUACAGAGGACAAGGUAAGAAGAAUAACAGAUUUAGAAACAAAGAUCCAAGCUUUGAAUCUAAGUAGACAAGAAAAAGCUGAUCAGCUGAAACAGUAGGGAGAUCAAGUCAUUGCCAUUAAAAAUGAAAUUAUCGAGCAAGAAAAUAAAUAUGCUACCUGCUACAGUUAG